GGGAUAUCGCGAAGGAGACUGGUCACACCGACGACGGCCACAUCAAAAUCUGGGGGUCUGGCGUGUGACCCUGUUAUUUCUAUCCAGCAAUAAAAUAGCUGUGUAAUCUAAGAUAAGCCUUGUACCAUUAAAAACGUGAUAUAUUGUAAAUUCUAGUGUUAUUUAUGUGGAAAAUAUGGAACGUGCUACAGGAACAGAAGUGUACGGGUGUGGCUCGCCCCAAACUACGGACAUAACGCUGAAUAUACAAACGACAACUGGUGGUAACUUUUCAAUCAGUUUGAACGGUAAAAAUACAGUGGAGCACCUCAAGAAACUAGUUUCGAAGAAGUUGAAAGUGUCUAAAGAUCGGAUAUGCCUACUGCAUCGCGAAAGACAACUGCGGGAUGGUACUCUGGAAGAGAACGGUCUGCUGGACGGCUCACGCGUCAUUCUGCUGCCAAGCGUCGAGACAGGCCUCCUGAGUCAAAGACCCGAAAAUUCUGUGAUGCAAGCACUAGAGUCCCUUAAUGACACACAGGUUAAUGACUUUCUGAGUGGUAAAUCACCUUUGAAUUUGACCAUGAGGUUAGGUGACCACAUGAUGUUGAUUCAACUUCGUUUGUCAACACUUGAUUCUAUUGCCUCGAGCACCUCCCGAUCCAUUCGCACUUCUACACCCACAAAGACCUCGGCCUCCACUACUCGUUCUAAAUGUGACAGGGAAUCCCCCAGCCCUCAGAACACCCCACAAAAACCUACAGACAAUGAUGACACUGAGGAAACUGAGAAAGCUAAGCCAGAGCAACAGACACAUGUUUUACAAAAACAAGAUUUGGAAAUGCUACAAAAUGCCUUUGAAUUAUACAAAUCAAUGGCUGAAGAGAAAUAUGCUGAAAAAUCUGAAAGUAGUCCAGAAAAGGAUGAGUCCAUGGACACAACCAACUGCACCCUUUCUGAUCUAUCAGACACAUCAUUAGAAAAUGAGCAAUCUCCAAUCAAAUCAUUAUCUAAUUUGGUGUCUAGUCCUAUAGAUGUAUCUACCUCUGAGGGCAGGGAUACUGCCCUUGUCAACACUGUAAAAAAUAAUUUGAUAGAUUUGUUAUCACAGAAUAAGUUAGGUAAUGAAGAGAUUCCUUCCACAAGUGCCAUUUGUGACAAAGCAUGUUCCACAUCCUCCCACACCCCUGAUAGCUCAUUUAGUGAUGACAGUGAUAACUUCACUGAUCAAAGUUCAUUCUUAGCUGAAAGUACUAUUGAUGAAUACCCUAUGGAGAAUCUCUUUAAUAGUGCAGUAGAUAAAGGUCUAUUUGAAGAACAUGAUGAAUCUAUGAUGGAUCGGGAGAUAUCAAACUUGGCUACCACUAGCCAUGGAACGCAAGAGACCACAGGAGCUUUACCUUCCUUCCAAAGUAUAAAUGAGCCAUUGAAAAAUAAACGAUUCCAAUAUCUGCUGCACAAGACUUCUAAAUUCAAGCAUCCAAUUGGACAAAAUAAGCAAAAAGCAUUUAUGCAGUCUGUGGUUAAUAAACAUAAGAAAAGGAUGCAGAAUAGACAAGAGAGUAGUUUAGUUCAACCUUCCACAUCAAGGAUAGAGCCAUAUAUAACAAAUUCAAGGAAACUCAUCCUCCAACCAAGCAGUGGGCAGGCUGAAGAUAAUGCUACUCCUUCUACUUCUAAACAGAUUCCAUUCAGAGCUCCUGAGACUCCAAAGAAGCCACAGAGGGCUUCCCCUACUCCGCCUGUAGAUACUAAAGCUCUCAUAGAAGCAUCUAAGAAUUUAACACAGAAGCUUAAGAAGCUGUCAAAAGAAGUGUUGACAAAUAAGAUUGAUCUCAGAGCCGCUGAGGAGACAGUGCGCACGAAGAUUGGUCCCGGGGCUGUGAUAGAAUCCAUGAAGCAUCAUGGCAAAGGAAUAUAUUCGGGAACCUUUUCAGGCACAUUGAAUCCUGCACUUCAAGAUAGAUAUGGCCGACCAAAGAGGGACAUUUCCACUAUCAUCCACAUAUUAAAUGACUUAUUGUGUGCAGCACCUCCCAUUGCUUUGUCACAGAAGGAGUCCAAGCGCACAUGCUCAACAAACACAGAACCGGAGCAAAACAAAUGCUUGGGGUGUGCGGCGCCCCCGUGCCGCUGCAGCGGCCGUGCGCCGGCGCCUUGCCCCGCGUGCGCGGGCGCGGCCGCGGCCUGCGGCGCCUGCAGCACGGCCAGCGCGCUGGCGAUGGAGAACUCCAAGACCAAGUGCAAGCUGGAGCAGCUGCGGCUCGUGAUGCAGCAGAAGAAGCAGCGGCGCGAGGCGCGGAAGCUGAAGACUUUGCCUUACAAUUUGCCGUCGAAAACAUUGGCCGCUUCGGACAAACCCGCCCCCGUCCCGGAGGAGAUCGAGACGGUUGCUUAACACGCGAUAUUGAGUUAAUCACCCGACGCUCCCGUUGUCGCUUUUUAUGGAAAUUUAAAAUUCUCAGUGUUUCACUUCGCUGUGACGGCGUCGCGCUGCCGCGUUCGUUUGCAUCGAGACGUCUCCCGCUGUAGGCUUUGUAUUGUUAGACUAAAGCCCUCCGAAAUAGUUUUAAACCUAAACUGAGUAUAUUAUCCGAAUAUAAAUUGUAUUUGAAAAGGUUUUAGUUUAGGUCUAAUAUCGUUUUAUGGAGGGGUGUGGAUGUUUGGACUCAAACCUGCCUGCAUUUGGAGACCGUGCGUAUCUGAGUACUGAAUCACGUAUUGUGGCUAUACAUUUCAGAAUAACGGUGUCAAGUUCGCAUUCGCAAUGUUGACUCCAGUCUACUUUCAGCUUUCAGUACGUGCUUUAAGCGAAUAUAUGCAAAUGCUUAUUGUUUUGCGUCAACUUAGGAAAUAAUGGGUACUUUCUCUAUAACCUUGUCUAAUUUCAGAAUUGUGAUGAGGAGUAUGUAUUCUAUUGUUUAUCUAGACUAUGUAUGCUUAGAAACGUAUGAAUGUUACUCAGUUUUGCACGCGGGCUCGGCCGAUAACGUUCUAAAUUAUCAUUUCGACUAAGAGCAGAUGAUAGAAGUAAUAGUCGUAGCGGUAUUAUUUUAAGUGCUAUUAUACGCAUGUACAAAUGAUAAAGAUUGAUAAUUAGCAAAAUCACUAUAGCGUUAUAGUUAUGUAAGUCUUCAGAUAGUUGCCUGGCGCGCCUUAAAAUUGGUUUUUGUUGUUAUUUUUUAGAUUAUAUUUUAUUAUAUUAUUGGUUCAGUCUUCUUUUUAGAUACUUUGCAUAUUAUGUAGCUUAAUUUUUGUCAAUUAAUAGACCUUUCGAAAUUUUAGCCCACGUAUAUUAAGUUGACUAACUAUACUGAUACUGCGCAUUUGAAAGCCUUUCCAACCAGUUUCCUAAAAAAUGUUUCUUUGCAUUUUAAAAUGUGUACAACUUUAUACGUAUAAUGAGUCAAUAGCUUGUACUAAGGGACCAACCCUGCUAGAAAAGCGAUACGAAAACAGCUGACAUUUCAACAUCAUAGGUACACAUUGAUUUCAUACUAACAAUUUUUUUACACCAUAAUUAUAUUUUAUUACACUUUUUCUGAAAACACUGUAUAUAUCCUCAAUUUUUGAGAUACCUAGAUUAAUUGGCACUGUUGUUUUAAACUAUUUUCAUUGUUUUUUUCUUCUUCUUUUCCAAUUUGUUGUUAAAUUUAAUAAAUGUUUUUCAUUGCACAGAUAUUUCGUUUAGUUUUUUAAUUAGGUGCAUAGUAAAGAAAAAAAAUCGUAUUAAUGCAGUCGACGCCAAUUUGUAUUAAAUAUACACAAGAUGAUCCUACAGAAAAAAUAUAUAUAUAUAGAAGCACUAGUAUAGAUUUAGCUUUGUAUAUAACUAUUAUGCGAAAUAUAAUAGUGGAAAUGCUUAUUGACGAUUUCAUCUAUCGAUUUAUAACAUUUUACUGUUGAAUUAGCAACGAUAUAGGUUUGUGAAGUAUUCUUGGAUCACUAAAUUAUAAUCACUAUAAUCCUCAGACUAAAUUUGAAUGUAUUGAAUCACAGGAAUUUAAGUUAACAAAAUAUAUUAUUUAGCUUAUGAUAUCGAUGAAUUUCUAACAACUAUCAUUGACAAAGUCGAGGACGCGUAUGAAUUGCGUUAUCAUUGUUAGAUAACAAAAGUGUUAUCAUAAUAUUAUUUUUUAUGUUAAACACAAAUGAAAGUAUGAGCUAUGUCGAGUUUUGUACUAAUACAUAAAAGUAGACACUUAUGUACGAAUAUUCAAAAACAAUUUUAGCAAAUACAUCUCAAGUUUUUUGGUGUUUACUUCUCGAUACAUUGAGUGAGAAAAGAAAUAGCACGAGUGAUGCGAUAUCGUAACUCAUUUUUGUGUAUAUUCGGCAUUUAUGUAUUCAUAACUUUAUAUGACUACCAGGUGUUACAUAGUUGAAUGAAUUUAUUAAAAUAGACUAAACAAGCACGUCCACUUAGACCUUAGGGUGCGGGAGUUGGAUAAGGGUAGUAAAUGUAAGUCUUCCGUUGAAUGCUGCAAUAUACCUGACACCCCUUUCCCACUUUGGUAAGGGACCUACCAUCAGUUUGUCUUCGAAUAACAAAGCAAUAAUGAUUCCUCGCGAGUACUACUUAAAGAAAGUGCCUAUUUGAACUUAUGCCCACUAUUUCAACACCACGAUAAUGAAAAUAUUCAUUGGCUACUUUGUAUCAACUUAAUUUUGGAAUAGUGGAAAUAAGUAUUCGUAAUGUAAGGUGCAGAUAGAUUGUGCCAUUUAUCAGUAAGCUCAAAUUAUUGUACAUUAUAAAGCAUGGCAUCUUCGAAUAGUUCAAGCGGGCCGAUCAGUCGACACAAUGUUUUGUGGACAUGGUCGAAAGACUGAUCGUACCACCUAUCGAGAAGCCACUUCUUUUUAUUGACCCAUUCUAUUUUCUGUUCGAUCUCUUACCACGCUGGUUCAUAAGAUCUCAAGUAUUUACGUUAUAUCAAACUUUCCAGUAAUUUUUAUUUACAGCUAAUACUGGACCUUCUCUAACAUGACGCACGCAGAUAUUGUAUGUAUAUAAAUUUGUUACCAAUCGUUUAUUUAGUCGUGAGACGUUUUGUUAUAAGGUUUUGAGGGGAACUUGUGAAUUGUUUUUGUCCUUGUAUUUGCAUGUCUAGUGAGGAGAAUAAAGUUAAAUAACAAAACUA